UUUGGCACUGGUGUUGGGUGGAAGCAAAAGCAAAGCAAGUCUCGGAAGAAGUGGAAGAAGAAGAAAGACUCGUAGGACGGAGCGAGAUUCAAGAGUGCGCGAGAAACAGCGUAUCUCGUUCGUGUUGCAGCGCGUCCGAGACGGGACAGACGGUGCCGGAGGACGCGGACAUUGGCGACUCGGCGCGAUCGAGGUGUGAGAUGGUGUAGAGAUGUGGCUGCGCAGCGGCACCCUGGCCCCCCAAGUGGCGCCCGCCCUGCGACCCCGCAAGCCGUGCCCUUCGGCCGCCAGCAGCAGCAGCAGGGCCGCCAAGAGCCGCAAGACCGCCCUCGCCAGGAGGUCACGUGCCAGGCACAACGCCAACUUGUUGAGAGAGACUUGCCGUGAGAACGUGCUUGUGACUAAGAGCAGGACGCCUCCAGAGUCUGUGCAGAAGAGCCAACUUUGUGAGGCAGCUAAAGAGGACGAAAUGCACACUGUUGAGCAAGUUUCCGAAGGAGAGGAGAGCAAGGAGAACUGGCAGCACCCGCUGGAGGAGGAGGCGGCGUCCAGUGGGGAUGAGUGUGGCGGGGGUGGCAUAUUUGUGGCUGGGGGCGGCUACGACAAGUUGGUGCCGCCCGACCUGGCGUGCAUGCUGGAGGAGGAAGACGUGCUGCGGGCCGACGAGCGCUUCGAGGCGUACACAGAGGUCAGCCGCACCUAUUACUCGGAAGUGACCUCUGACCCUGAGGAGGACGGCCAGCAGACCACCACCAGCGUGAUGAUCUCGAGCGUGGCGGCGGCGGCGUCGACCUCAUCCGUGGACGAGUGGGAACCCUUUGACCCUUACCUGUUCAUCAAGAACCUGCCCCCGCUGACGCCAGACAUGCGCGCCCACUGUCCGGCCCUGCCACUCAAAACGCGCAGCAGCCCCGAGUUCUCGCUGGUGCUCGACCUGGACGAGACCCUGGUGCACUGCAGUCUGCAGGAACUGGAGGACGCCUCCUUCGACUUCCCGGUGCUCUUCCAAGACUGCAGCUACCGCGUCUUUGUGCGCACCAGACCCUUUUUCAAAGAGUUCCUCGAACGAGUCUCCAACAUGUUCGAGGUCAUCCUCUUCACCGCCUCCAAACGCGUCUACGCAGACAAGCUCCUCAACCUGCUUGACCCAGACAGACGCCUCAUCAAGUACCGUCUGUUCAGGGAGCACUGCAUCUGCGUGAACGGCAACUAUAUCAAAGACCUGCACAUUUUGGGGCGGGACCUCUCGAAAACCAUCAUUGUUGACAACUCGCCGCAGGCAUUUGGCUACCAUCUGGAGAAUGGUAUUCCAAUUGAGAGCUGGUUCAUGGACCAGACGGAUUGUGAGCUGAUGAAGCUGCUGCCCUUCCUGGAAAACCUUGUGUGCAUGAGGGAAGACGUGAGGCCGCACAUUAGAGACAGGUUCCGGCUCUUCAGCAUGCUGCCUCCAGACUGAGCCGCCCCCUCCCACUCUAGCUGUCUCUGCCUCAAACUUGCCCAACACCUUGCUGCAUGCAAAUGUUUUGCAGUGAUAAGCAAGAUAAGAAAGGCGGCGUCUUUGUAGAGACGAAUCAGAACUUAAAAAGUCACUUUUAGCAUUUAUUUUCAAGCACAACUCAUACACACGGUUUAAAUGAGUUAAUUCAAUUAAAAAUCUGUGCCAUACACUUUUGGAUCGUGGCCCCGACUUGUACAAAAUGAGCAGCAUUUUACUCCACCCUGUUAUCAUCACCAAGUUACAAAUAUAAAAGCCGUGCAAGUAUUAAUUUAUUGUGCGCGAAAUUAUUGCCGAGUUGAAAUUUGUUAACCGUCGAAGUUACUACGAAUAGUUUUGAUUAGUUGGUUGGUGGCAGCCAAGUUUUUGAAGAACUCAUGCUAUCACUGAAAGCACAAUAUAUGGUUUGAUUGGGUUGCACCGCAAUAAGGUCACCUUUGAGUUGAAAAUCCAAACAAUUGUGAUUGGCACUUGGUUAAUUCAAGCACGUGAGAAGAAAAGUGAUAAAGAAUUCAUGUUUCACUACUUAAAUCCUAAAGUGUUAUAAAAUUUACUUUUAUUGUUAAGAAUUAAGAACGAUCUGAGCCCGAAGAUUUACCGAAAGAUCUUUUUGUAUUAUUUUGUGCAUAAAUCUACUUUUAGCUUUGCUUUACUAUUGCAAGAGAAUUAUUUAUUUUUUCGUUCAGAGCGCAUUUAUCUUGAAUUAAUUUUAGCAAACGAGAAUUAUACUAACACUGGUUAGUAAACUGGCAUAGACAUGUACACACUUGAAUGUUAAACCGGAAAGAUUAAUUUUAGUAGAGAAGAAGAAGAAGAAAUGUAUAAUAUUAUUAAUUGAGCAAAAUAAUAAAUUAUGUACACCAUUGUAAAAAUUUCC